AUGACACUGGGACUUCUCCAAUGGAGUCCUUGCCACCAAUAUCUCUCCCUUUCCUUCACUAUCCCCACAACCAAACACACCCAACUCCCACUCUCAAUCUCUGCCACACUAGAACCCGCUACCAGUACCCAACAACACCUCACUGCCAGAGAGAGAAGGCAGCUGAGGAACGAGAGGAGAGAGAGCAAAACAGGUACCAAUUGGAAAGAACAGGUGGAGGAAAAGCUUCUGGAGAAGCCCACGAAGAAGUUCGCUAAUUGGAAGGAAGAGCUCAACAUUAAUAACCUCGCUCGUGAGGGCCCUCAAUGGUGGAUCGUUAAGGUCUCUCGACUCAAGGGCCAGGAGACUGCUCAGCUCAUCGCUCGCUUGCUUGCUAGGAACUACCCUCACAUUGAUUUUAAGGUGUAUGCUCCAGCUAUUCAUGAGAGGAAAAAAUUGAAAAAUGGUACUUACUCAGUUAAACCAAAACCCCUGUUCCCAGGGUGUGUGUUUAUAAGGUGUGUUUUGGACAAAGAGAUACAUGACUUCAUAAGAGAGUGCGAUGGAGUUGGAGGCUUUGUUGGUGCUUUGGUUGGAAAUACGAAAAGACAGAUCACCAGACCCAGGCCAGUUUCUGAGUUUGACAUGGAAGCUAUCUUCAGACAGGCAAAGGAAGAACAACAAAAAGCCGAACAAGCUUUUGAACAAGAUCAGCAAGAAGCAGCCCUCAACGAUGGGCUCAAUUCUGAUGAUGCUGUAAAGUCUACUGGAGAUUCUAAACCAAAAAGGCGAUCUAGAAAAACACUUGAUCCUCUCAUAAAUGGUUCAUCUAAAGGAAAGAAUGAGAAGCUCGUCCCAGGUUCUAGUGUACGAGUUGUAUCUGGGACUUUUGCAGAAUAUGUAGGCAGCCUCAAGAAGCUGAAUCGCAGAACCAAAAAGGCAACUGUGGGAUUUACGUUAUUUGGGAAAGAAAGCUUAGUAGAUUUAGAUGUCAGUGAAAUUGUUUCAGAGACCACGUAA